AACAGACACUCUUCCCUUCGAAUCUCUUUCAGCACUGUAACGCUGUCAGCGCAAUACGAACACCAAGAUGUUGAGUUGUGCACUGAUUCUCGCAUUUGUUCAUUACUCACUGGCUUUAUUUGGUGGAGGGGCAAGCCAUGAGAACAUCGUUCAUUUAAGGAAACUUGGAUUUGAUGAGGACCAUACAACAAUGUCGCACGAAGUCGUAAUACCGUGGGUGAGGCCAUUCAAACCUGGGUACUGCACCAGUUGGGAAUGGCAUACAGACAAGCGCUACCGCGACGAGCGAAUUGCACUUUGCCAACAACUCAGUGGAGAAAAGAAACACGAAUGCGAUUCGUCUGACGGACUCUGCUACGACAAAUGCCCUUUUAAGAAUGGCACCUUCCCCUUCUGGAGAAUACGCAAUGCUGACGAAGUGCCAUUCCUGUGGACCAUUAAGACCCUUCAAAUGUUCGACAACCCAAAUGCAAGAUACCCAUUGACGAGAGACCCAUCUAAAGGAUAUUCAAGCACAUUUUUCGGACCAGGCUACUUCCCAAGUAACGCGUUUGACAACAACGCAGACAGCAUAUGGGUUUCAAAUGGAGUUUCAGCACCCGGAUUGAACUGGAUUGCUUAUGAAUUCGAGCAUCCUGUUCAGAUCAACUCAAUUCGCAUUGUGGGAGAAGGAGAGCACCCAGAUCGCACACCAGGGAAGAUAAUCGUUGAAGCAUCUUGCGAAAAAUAUUUCCGCACAUUCAACACUCAAUGGGUGAUCGACAACCCAAAACACUUCACCGACAAACGAUUCAACAGACCCAAGAGAAGAAGCUAAGCGACUCAAUAUUCUAAAUAGUUUGUCUUUACAAUUCUUCGGACUUUUCUUAUUUUCAACAUAACUUAUUUCUUAAUUUCACCCGUGGACUACAUCAAUGAUGCCGACAAUAAGAUUAGAAUUCAGAUGAUCUAAUUGAAAGAGGACAUUUCUUUGCAAAAUUGAAAAAUUCCAUCAUCGAAAGAUUUUAUUACAGUACAUUCAUUCAUAUCAAA